CUUAUUUGAUUUUCAAGUAUCAAGUUAACAGCAUCUAGCUCCCAUAUCGUUCUAUAUUUUACAUAGAUUUUUUAAGUUUUAUUUCACAAGGAAAAUGGUGUCCUUUGGCGGUGUGGCAAAACUUUUGAGUAGCUUCGAGUGCAGUGCCAGUACGUGGGUCAAGGCCGUGAAUCCCGGAUGGUACGAGGCUCGUGAGAUUCCGAAGACCAUCCUGAUCCAGAAAGUGCGACAAGUGCCGGAGAACACCAGGGUGAUUCGUCAGCGUCCCCAAACAGCAGAGCCGCCCAAGAAAGCCCCCAACCAGAGGCGCCAACUAAAUCUCUAAGCUCCAACGAGUUAGGGAUAUAAUCACUCAUUGAUUUAAAUGUUUUAAACGAAUGCUGAUUGUGUUGGUAAAUAUGAAACGAAUUUAAAUGCGCUGUCAGUGUUGGCUAACCGUCGCAUUCGCUCACAGAGUUGUCUCGCUGCCGUCAUCGAUUUCAGCAUUUUGUCUGCUCCGCGACACGGCCACACUGAGUCGGUGCCGAGUUUUUGCUUCGCGAGCAGGUGGUGUUGUCCAAUCAGAAUAGCCGUCGACGGCACGAUUAACACAAAAAAAAAAGAAAAAAAAUUCCAAUAGAACAGCCGAGGGCGCUUAUUUAUGUGUGUUCAUGCUUUAUGUUAAAUGCAAAAUUACGCGUCGCACGCUGCGCCCACGCGAAUUCGAAUCCGCAUCCGAUUGUUCAGUGCAAACACACACCAACAACCAAGUGAAUAUAAUAUGUAAGCAAAGGCAAGAAGCCAGCAACAAAGCGCCAGUGAUAAGCGCAAUAAUAUAAAUGCAAUAUAUGUAGUAUAAAUUCAACGUGAAAAGAAAUCUCGCCAGGCGAAAAAAAAAUAAAAUAAAAGCGGAGGCAGCGACAAAAUGGAAAUCAAGUAAAAUGAAGAGGAGCGGAGAGAUAGAAAUCGUAAUGUGUAAGCGGGACCAGAGCGUAUGAAAAAAUCGAAAAAAAAAAAGAAAAACAACGUCGGAGCGAAGAUUAAAUAAAUUUACAAGUGUGUUUUGUAUUUGACCAGC